AUGUCAUAUUAUUGUUUCGAAACGACAAAAAACCAUCGGCUUGUGAAUCCUUACACUCCAUAUGGUCAACCAUCAUAUCAUCACCCUUCAAAAACCGAAAUAGUCGAGCAGAUUAUUUCUGAAACGAUUGAUGAAGCGACACAACUCAAAAUAAAAAAAUACACGACUUUACCUUUACCAGAAUUAAUCACACCAAGCGUCAAUGUAAGAACGGUUAAGAAUCCAAGACCGCAAAAUUCUUUUGUAAUCUAUAGAAGAAACGUACAAGCCGAAAUCGCAAAGGAGAAAGGCACCAAUGCCGCUGGCAGAUUGGACUUUGUCUCAAAGUUCGCCGCAAAGAAGUGGAAGCAAGAGUCGCAAGAAGUAAAAGAAUUGUAUGGGUUUUUGGCCGUUUGCGCCAAAAAGGUUCACGAUUACAUGUAUCCCGGUUACGUCUAUCAACCAAAGAGACAAGCAACGACAAAUGAGCCCAUGAUAAUGGUGCAUGAACCUGGCAUAGGAGGUUAUAAGCUCAGACCUACCAUGCAAACCAUUCAAACCAUUCCAACCCCACCACAAACCCCUACCCCCUUGUCGUCUCCACCCGCAAGAAGAGCCAUAAGAUAUGAUUCAAGUCCGACCAAUAAUUCUUCGAUGGUGACAUCACCACAUCACACAACCCAACUACCUCCAUUAUAUCAUUCCCCACCGAUGACGAACGCUCCUCAUCCAUUACCCUCGUUGACAUCAUCGUCAUCGUUCGGCAAUGAUCGUCAUCUCGUGCGACAAUCGCAAAGAUUUCUACCUCCCCCAACUCUUGACAUAAGUGACAAUGCCAUAUCAACAAAUUUCAUGGCAAAUUACGACAGGAGCUUGUGCAAGGAAUUCGAUCUGUAUGGUCGAUUGUAA